AUGUCAGUGACAAAGCAACCGCCGAAAAAGAUCUCCCUCGCAGAGGUCAUCGACAUCAUCCCGGGGCUUCUCUCCAUCACCGCCACGGGCAUCUUUGCCCUCGUCACAGGGCCGUUUCGGCACCGCAAGCAGCGGAAGAAUCCGAAGCAGGGCGUCGCGCGAACCCUGCUCCUGCACGUCGGAUACGCCGUCCUGCGCAAGGCGACGUUGCGUCUGACGUUAUUGCAGCUGCAAUUCAUCUUCCCAAAAACCGACACGACUUAUCGGCUCUUUGCCUGGCGAUCUGGCAUCGCGAACCAGACGGUAGAUCUGGGCCAUGGCGCCCAGGGGCAUUGGAUUGGGAAUAAGGAUGCGAAAAAUGUCUUGAUCUGGUAUCAUGGCGGCGGAUUCGCCGUCCCCGCCAACAGAUGCUACUUCCAAUUCCUGGCGGGCGUGGUCAAGGCGAUGAACCAGGCCGGCAAAGACCUGGCCGUUUUCGUCCUCACUUACACGCUCACCCCGCACGCCUCGUGCCCGACGCAGCUGCAGCAGGCGGUCGCGUGUCUGCGGUACAUGCUGCAGACGGGCCGCAGCCCGGGCAACAUCUACCUAGGCGGCGACUCGGCGGGCGGGAACCUGGUGCUGGGCGUGCUGUCGCACAUAUCCCACCCACACGCCGAGAUCGACCAACUGUCCGUGUUGUCGGAGGCAUUCGGCGGCGCCGUCCUCAUCGCCCCCUGGACCGAUCUCCGCACGGAGUACCCGCCGCCGGAGACGGCUCCUCUCGGCGACUUGAUCACGCAGGACGUGGCGAAGAAGUGGGCGACGGCGUACCUGAACGGCCGGAGGAGGGACUACUACACGGACGCGUCGUGGGCACCGCCCGAGUGGUGGGAAGGGCUGAAAGUGAAGGACGUGUUGAUCCUUGCGGGAGGAAACGAGAUUCUGUUGCCUAUGUCCCGUUUGAGCUCUACCGUCUUACUGACUCGCCGCUGGACAGGCCGGCUUCCCGUCCGUAACGCUCUUCGUCGGCCCCGGCGAAUGCCACGUCGCGCCCAUGUUCAACCUGCUGCUAGGCGACCGGACCGAGACGGAGCAGGGGAAGAAGCUGAAGUCGUGGUUGAGGGAGCUGCUGUGAGAUUAUAUAUACCCGUUGCAUGUUGGUUGGCAUUUAUAUGCAUGCUUUAUACAUGGGUUGAGGAAAUUUCCUCUUUGCUUUGUACUGACAUGGCUACUACGACUACUACUCCGUACUUAGGUACAUAA